GUAGACCUUGAUGCCCAUUGCUUCCUGUAGAUCUCUCAUAAUUCAGUUAAUUGAACCUACUUGACUCAAUGGGAUGUGCAUUUUGAAAACGAGUGAUAUUUACGAGUGAAAUAAGCGAGAAAUUAGUCGCUGUAAAAGUCGGAUAUAUACACAAAAAUUUGAGACAUGAUUUUCCUUAUUUCUGGUGUGAUUGUAAUAUUGUAUUUGUUGAAUAAGUUACUGCCUUCUGCUACGUAUUGGAAGGAAAGAAAUAUUUUUUAUGUGAGUCCUUUUUAUAAGGCUUAUCAAACGUUUUUCGGGAAAGAGUCUUUCGCUGAAAUUGUGAGACAGAUUUAUGAGGAAUUUCCUGAUAAAAGAUACUUUGGAAGUUACCAAUUAUUCAACCCUUGUCUCGUUGUAAAAGAUGUGGAUCUCAUCAAGCAAAUCACCAUUAAAGACUUUGAUCACUUUACUGAUCAUGUGGACUUAAUGAAUACAGACCACGAUUCGUUAUUCAGUAAAAACCUCUUCUUUUUAAAAGGCAAGCAAUGGAGAGAAAUGAGAAAUACGCUGAGUCCAGCCUUCACAAGCUCCAAAAUGAAGGCCAUGUUCGUUCUAAUAUCUGAGGCCUCCAAAAAGUUCGUCCAACAUUUUGAGGCUAAAAACGACGAGAUCAUUGAAGUGGAGAUGAAAGAUGCAUACUCAAAGUUUACAACUGACGUCAUAGCUACAUGUGCCUUUGGUAUAAACUGUGACACCUUGGAAAACCCUGAAAAUGAGUUUUUCACGAUGGGGAAAGCAGUUAUAAGGUCCAAUUUCUGGAUGAUUAUCAAGGCUUUUUUGAGGACGAUUUUCCCAAGGGUUUUUGGAUUUUUCAGAAUACCAAUACUUCCCGUGGAAGUCACCAAUUUCUUCAAGAUGAUCAUUUCAGAUACAAUCAAAUCGAGAGAAAAAGAAGGCACGAUAAGACCUGACCUUAUUCAUCUUCUGAUGGAAGCUAGGAAAGGAAAACUGCAGCAAGAAACAUCUUCUCAAUCUACGGAAGACACUGGUUUUGCCACUGCUCAAGAAAUUAGGGAUUCGAAGCCAAAUUCCGACUUAGAAAUAACCGAUGAUUUGAUCACUGCCCAAGCUAUACUAUUUUUCUUAGCUGGUCUAGAAACCUCGUCGUCUCUGCUCAGUCUUCUAUCUUAUGAGCUAGCCAAGAAUCCAGACAUUCAGCAGAAACUCAUCAGUGAGGUUGAUGAUAAUCUGUCUUCUUCAGAAGAUUCUAUUUCUUAUGAAAAACUGGCCAAGAUGAAGUACUUAGAUCAGGUGGUUUCAGAAGCUUUGAGAAAAUGGACUCCUGGGUUUGUCUUGGAUAGGCUUUGUACUAAAGACUACUCUAUACCAACUGUUAAGGAAGAUGAAGUCCCCUUGACCAUUUCUAAGGGUUGUUAUAUCAAUAUACCAGUGAUUGGACUCCAUUAUAAUCCCCAAUUCUUUGAAAAUCCUGAAGUUUUUGAUCCUGAAAGGUUCAACGAUGAGAAUAAAAAGAAAAUUGCCCCAGGAACGUACAUUCCUUUUGGUUCAGGUCCUAGGAACUGCAUAGGUUCUCGUUUUGCUUUGCUCGAAAUCAAAGCAAUUAUAGUUUUUCUGCUCAAUAAGUUCGAGAUAAAGUUCAUAGAGAAGACUCCAGUUCCUUUGAAAUUGAAGCAGGGCUUUGGCUUGUUGAUAGAUGGUGGAGCCUGGUUAGGUUUGAAAAAAAGGUCUAAAACUUCUUAGAAAUACUUCGUGUUACAAAUAGAUAUUAGAAAUUAUAUUUUUUUAA